AUGCUUUCUUCAUCACGGCGUUCCUGUUUCGCCCUCGUUUGUCUGCAAAUCUACCAUUUUGCUAGCUUCAGCACAGCAUAUUCUACCUUGUCCAACGAAACACUACGCUCUCUUCCUCGGCCUGGAAAUCACUUCGAUAUACAUGACGGAUCGCUACUAGCGCCGAUACUCGUUCCAAGAGUACCUGGCACUUCAGGCUCUGAUGCUGUCCUUACCCACUUUGUCAACUUUUUUCGUUCUACCCUCCCUAGCUGGGAUAUUUCGUUUCAAAACUCUACCUCCACAACACCAUUGUCAAAGGGCGCGCAAGUCCCCUUCAGGAAUCUGAUUGUUUCUAAAGACCCACCAUGGGCGAGCCCCGGCGACACCAGCCGCUUGACUCUUGUCGCACAUUAUGAUUCAAAAGUGGAACCUACAGGCUUUAUAGGUGCUACCGACAGUGCAGCACCUUGUGCUAUGAUCAUGCAUGCUGUUCGAAGCAUAGAUUCUGCGUUGACAAAGAAGUGGAAAGCCAUGCAAGAUGAAGGUGUCGAUACAUUUGGAGACGUGGAGGAGCACAAAGGCAUACAGGUCAUCUUUCUAGAUGGCGAGGAAGCAUUCGUGAGCUGGACCGAUACGGACAGCAUAUACGGCGCUCGGUCACUCGCAGAAGAGUGGGACAAUUCGUUGCACCCAGCGAUGAGUACCUAUAAGACCAAACUGGAAAGCAUCAGCCUGUUUGUUCUCCUAGACCUGCUCGGUGCCAAAGAUCCCAGCAUCCCAACAUAUUUCAAGACCACUCACUGGGCCUAUCAGAAUAUGGCGAGCGCGGAGUCAAGACUGAGAGAACUGGGUCAGUUUAAGUCUGCGCAAGGAAGGACUUGGCUUCCCGAGUCCAAGAAAGACCCUCAUACCUCCUCGUCAUUCCCAAGCUACAUAAUGCAAGACGAUCACAUACCAUUCAUGGCAAGGGGCGUGGAUGUGUUGCACCUCAUACCAAGCCAUUUUCCAAAGGUAUGGCAUCGAAUUGAAGACGAUGGAGAGCAUCUGGAUGGGCCAACAGUUGAGGAUUGGGCUAUGCUCACUACGGCGUUUGCUGCAGAAUGGCUCGAACUAGAAGGAUUCUUCGAUAAACCAAGCAUGUCAAGAAAAGACGAUAAUGAGAAGAGGUCAAAGCAAGAUGUCAUUAGCAAAACAGAGCUAUAA